CCGGCGCGCCCCUCCUGGCCCGCUCGCCCUGCCGAGCCGGCUCCCACGCGCCCUCCGGGGGUGCCGCCGCCGCCGCCAGCGCCGCCGCCCGGGCUGCCCCCUCCGCGGCCCGCGAUGCGACCAUGGACUGCAGGAUCAAAGAAAAUCCAGAGAGUACCUUUGAUGUUGUGCUACAGGUAAAAUGUCAAACUUCUGAAAAUGAAGAUCCUGUGGUUUUGUGGAAGUUCCCGGAGGACUUUGGAGACCAGGAAGUACUCAAGAGCAUACCUAAAUUCUGCUUUCCUUUUGACAUUGCAAGGGUAACCCAGGUUGGGCAGCACUUUACCUUUGUGCUUACUGACAUCGAAAGCAAACAAAGAUUUGGAUUUUGCCGGUUAACAUCAGGAGGCAAAGUAUGCCUAUGCAUUCUAAGCUACUUACCAUGGUUCGAGGUGUACUACAAACUUUUAAAUACACUGGCAGAUUAUUUGGCUAAAGAACAGGAAGAAGACUUGAAUGAUUUGCUGGAAAACUGGUAUAGCCAUCCUGUACCUGAGGCAAACACUCCUAUCAGCUUAAAUUUGCAUUCAUAUUUCAUAACUCCCGAUAUAACUGGAUUGCCAACAGUACCAGAAAGUAGAAAUCUUACUGAAUAUUUUGUUGCUGUGGAUGUGAACAACAUGCUGCAACUUUAUGCCAGUAUGUUGCACGAGAGACGCAUCAUUAUUACCUCAAGCAAACUAAGCACUUUAACAGCAUGUGUCCAUGGGUCAGCUGCAUUGCUAUAUCCAAUGUACUGGCAACAUAUAUACAUCCCAGUGCUUCCUCCACAUCUCCUGGACUACUGCUGUGCACCAAUGCCAUACUUGAUUGGAGUUCACUUCAGUUUAAUGGAGAGAGUGAAAAACAAAUCACUGGAGGAUGUGGUGGUGCUAAAUGUUGACACCAACACUUUGGAGACCCCUUUUAAUGACCUGAGCAAUCUACCAAGUGAAGUGGUCUCGGCCUUGAAAAAUAAACUGAAGAAGCAGUCUACAGCGAGUGGUGAUGGAGUAGCCAGGGCCUUUCUGAAGGCACAGGCAGCAUUGUUUGGCUCCUAUAGAGAUGCACUAAGAUACAAACCUGGAGAGCCAGUCAGUUUCUGUGAAGAAAGUUUUGUCAAGCAUCGUUCCAGCACUACUAAACAAUUUCUGGAAACAGCAGUGAAUCUUCAACUUUUUAAACAGUUUAUUGAAGGUCGGCUUGCAAGGCUGAAUGCAGGGAAGGGGUUCUCUGACAUGUUUGAAGAUGAAAUUUCUGCUGGUGGCUUCAGUGGAGGAAAUUCAAGAUCAUAUCACCAGUGGGUGUGUACAGUAAAGAAAGGAGGAGCAUUGAUCAACACAGCAAUGAACAAAGCAAGCCCAGCUAUGAAAACAGCAUACCGAUAUGCAAAAAAUCAUGCAAAGCAGGGAAUAAAAGAGGUGAAGAGUAAGUUGAAACUCAAGGAAACAGAGGAUGAGUAUGGCCCUUGUAGCUUGGGUAUUGUGCAAUAUACUCCAUUCAGUACGUUGAAUAACACAGCAAGACUGAACACAGAAAAAAGACGACUUGCACAGUCACGGUUUGGGAAUCUUCAUAGUGGAACACGGAAUCGUGACUCUGCCUUGGAUGAAGAUGCUGAAGAUGAAAUAGACAGAGGAAGCAAAUUGUCAUCAGAAGAUAGUGAGGAAACAUCUUAUUGUUUGUAUGACAGUGACGACUCUGGUGAAAUGGCCAAAACUUCUUUUUCCCCUGGAGAAAUGGACUUACUGGGAGAGAUUUUGGACAGUUUGAGUACACACAGUUCUGAUCAAGGGAAGCUUUCUGGAGCCAAGAGCCUGGACUUCUUUCGAUCAAUGGAUGAUAUUGAUUACAAGACAACGAAUAAAUCCAACGCACCAAGUGUAAGCAAUAUUGCUCUGCUUUGCAGCAGUGAGACUUCUGAUCCCACCAGCUGGAAUUUUGGCCAAGACGACAGCAUUCUUUGUGGGAAGCAGCUUCCUCCCUCGCCAAGGAAGCGUGUUAGUUAUAGCAGCCACAGAGACUCUCUCUUUGGGCUAAAGAAGGAUAGUCCCACCAAUGCCUCCAUUUUGGACCAUGUGGGCUUCCCAAAAAUACCUGCACAGUCUCCAGACUCAUCUGAACAAACUAUGCAGCUGUGUUCUCCAGGACCUUUUCAUGUCAAGAAGACUAAAUGGAACGAAACACUAAGCAGGACCUCAGAAGACAAGGUGCCCCAACGCCUGAGCCAAAAUUCAUCCUCACUAGUUCCUUGGGAAAGAGAAACUAGGAAAGGACACGAAAUCCUAGAGGAGGGUGGGCUGCUUCAUGAAGUGGUUUCAUUGUGCAAAAUGACUUCUGCUUUCAACCAUGGUUUAAACAUUUCAGGUGAUAGGCUUUCCAGUAGCAGCGGGCAUGAGGCAUAAAUAUUUUUGAGGGAGAAAUGCACUCGUGCCAGAGACUAAGGGAAGACAACUCAGGAUUCUGCAUCCCAGAAGGAACCAAAAGAUCACAAAGGAAAUGACAAAUCUUCUGUUUAGUUGUGCUUUGCCUUCCUGUGUGCAUUUGCUCCCUUUUAUUUUGAAUGUAUUUCUUCUUGGAUUGCUUGCCACAUCCACCAUAUGGACCUGGAUGGGCCGGGGGUGUGGCCGCCACUCUGUGCUCGCUUCACAUGCUUUCAUGCAAAAGACUUUAGAUUCAAUCCGUGGUAUCUUCAACUAGGGCUCAGAAAGAUCCCUGCUGGAAACCACAGGGAGCAGCUGCCAGUCACUGAGCUAGAAGUUCUGGCUUGGUAUAAGCAGGUUGCCCUGUUCAGCUGAUGCGUUCUAGAUUCAAGGUACUAGUUUAAGUCCAUGUUCAAGCUGCAUCUGGUAUGUGGCAUGUGCUCGUUUUUACUGUUUCCCUUUCCUAUAUGCAUAAAGAACCAUAUCGUCACAGGUGGGAGCUGUCUUUUAUUUUGCUGACCACAAAGUGAACAAAAGUGCAGUAUUUUUUUUCCUGUAGAGGUUAAAUCUUGUUGAUCCAUGAUCUAAUUGCCUUAAAGUUAUAGGAGCAGAUUUACAUAUUCUAAAGGAUAUAUUGCUAAUAUUUGGAAAAGAGAUGCCAUUUUUCAUAGCGCUGAUGUGCUUGAACAAAGGGAAAUGUGGACCAUUUCCAAACUGCGGGAACUCCUGUGACUACUGGCGGUUACUCACACAACCAUGUUUUAUAUAGUAAAUUCAGUUGUCCUGUGAAAACCUGGUUAUACCCUCCACCACAUACUGUCAUCUGUGGGGUAACUGUUUUCACAUAGCCAAGCAAUAUUUAUCAGUGAGAGGUAACCUCUCAUGGUGAAUUUAUUAUCACAUUAAGGGUUUAUCUGAACUUACCUUCAAUAAGUUUUCCUUUUAACCAAGCAGGAAAUCUGGCUCUGUCUUCCAAACCCUGAAAAAUGGUACUGUGGGUUUUUAAAAAAUCUUGUUGAAGUGCUCAAAUACAGUGUGAAGUUUACAACUUUUUAACAGUCUUGCUCACUGUCAACAGUUUCCAUCUUCAAUUUUCUUGAAAGAAAAAAGUUUGAGUGGAACAGAUGAUUUUUACUGGAAUGGAAUCUUCCUGAUUAAUAAUUCUGUAUUAAAAAUAUUCUGCCCUACUGGGUUCAUGCCUAUUUAACCUUUUGGGGUGACUUUUAAAAGUGGUGUAAAAGUAGCUGGAUCAUUGUUAGCCAUUAUACGGUUUCUUUUUUAGACAAAAAUAAGAUCUGCUGCUGAAAAAAAAAUUCUCAUAGUAAGUCUGAAAAUCUUUCCAGUUAUAAGCAAAGGAGUCAAAAGGUGAGCCUUUAAAAAGAUCUGUCCAAUACAGUCUUCCUACCAUCCAUUAACUCAGGUACUAUCCUGUAAUAGGAUGCAGCACAGUGUCAACAUUGUCUUCUGAGAAGUCUACCUUAAGAACAAACCUAUCAUUGUUGUUCCAAGGAUCCUUCAAACCUGUCAAUAAACCAUAUCUUUAGAAGCCAUUGGAAGUGGUUCCCACAUAUUUAUAAAGUUGCUAGUAGACUAAUAGUAGCAUAUAGAAACUUUUUUUCACGUGGAAACCUACCGGAGUAUCCUUUUUUCAGGAACUAUCAGCCCAUAUAUAUGGUCCUUCUUCCUUGUCCGGUGCUACUGUCUCACCAUAUUCCCCACCAUAUUUAGGUAGGGUUGUCCUCUCAUAUUAUAUAAUCGCUGUUGUAUGAAUGAUCUGGAUUGCUUGGUUAAAGAGAGUAAAUCUAGGUGAACAUUUCACAGUCAUGAUUCUGUGGACAAAUACAGAUGAAAUAAAAAGGUUCUCAUUCGAACCUAUGAGGAAGGAAAUUCUAGGUGGAUGGAAGAUUCCCAUUAUUAACCAUAAAGGGAAUCUUCUUUUUUAAAAAUCCACUAAGAGUGGCAACAACCUGCAUGGAUGGUUUAAGAAUCACACCCUAGAAGAAGGUAGCAAGUGAGAUGUGAGGGAGCUAAGAGUUUUCUGGCAAAAGUUGCCAGUUUUACACAACUCACAGUAUCAUUUCAUUGACUUAAGAAUUCCCUCUAAUGUCUGAUCUCAUUUGUAUGUAAUUCUUACAGUAGCUUGAGUAAUUUUGUGUCUUGUUGAUGACCCUUUGAAAUACAGCUUCAUUUUAUGUCUGCACUAAACAUGCGUGUUUGCCAGGAUUAUAAAACUCACACAGUCAUACCAUUGUUAUCAGGCAAAAAUGACUGUUACAAGACCAAUAGUUGUGCCUUAAGUGUCUGCCCUGCUUAAUUGUCAGCUAGGUUCUUACUAACAACAGAAGGAUCAGAAUAGCAGUUGCUCAGACCUUUAGCCAGCAAUAGCUUUCAGCUCCACCUGUGUUAGGAAGAACUCUCCAUAGGGCCAUUUCUGUCACUCUUUGAUGAUGACUCUAAUGACCUAGGAAAACCACUUGUUCCAGCCCCAGUUCAUCACUGGCUUUCACUCACUCGGAUGUUGGUGACUUAGGGCCUUCUGACAUUACCGUAUUUAAUAUGAUACCCACAGGCUUCAGGUUUAAAAAAAACCCUAUCUCAGGAAUUCCAAUACUUUUAAAUGCUUUGGAUCACAGAUUCCUCCUUUCGUGUACAAAAUACUAGAUUGUUUCUUUGAACUCAUUUAAGAAUAUUAAAGGCAUUUCAUUUAGUUCUACUAAAGUUCUAGCCUAAUCAUGCCGAAGUUUGAAUUAAGGUAUCUACCCUUACCUUUCAUGGAAUAAUUACUCUAUACAUUACUGAAUACCCAUAAUGGUUUUAAUUGGUUAUAUGGUAAAGGAACUCAUUUAGCCCCUUGUAAUAAAUUUCUAAACGUGAAAUAUUCUGUUGGCAUCCAAGAUCUCAUGCUGUACGACGUGAACAGAGAUCCAUCCAUCAAGGGCUUUCCUUGACAACCUGUAAAUAUAUGUGCCAUGAAUGGAGAAAGCUGUUCCAUAGAUGCAAACAGCUUUACCACAAAGUUGCUUAUAUAGCUAGCAAAUAGGCUGCUCCACAGCCUGCUUUCCAUCCCCUGAAAUAGUACCUGGAAUCACAAAAGAGCCCUUGCCAGGUUUCACAACUGAAAGCUGUUCAAAUCAGCAGAAGAUCUUACAUUUCCACCUGUGCAUCUGUGCAUGCAGAUCGAGCUAAAAUAAUACGUCGGUCACCUAUUUUAAAUAUUAUGCAAAAUAUUAUACACACUUUUGUGAAUAGUGGACAGAGGGUCCUUUUAAAAUUAAAUUUACUGUCCCUUAGCCUUUCAAAACAGUAUUUCAAAGUGCUGCUUUCUGGUUUCUAAGAGUUGGGUUAUCAAAAGCUGUCACUACAGACUAACUCUGCUCCCAAAGAUGUCAGCAGUCGUUUUCCAAUUGACUGAAUGCACAGUCUGCACUGACUUUCCCUUUGAAAGUGUUAAUUUUCAUAGUGAGGAAAGAUAAAGGGUGUGUUCCACCAGGAGAUUUCCCUGCACAUGUCCCAUUAAAACGAAUUGGGUUUGGUGAAGCUUUCAUGGAAAAACCUACCGGUGGAUCAUGCCUAAAUUAUAUUAGAUAUACUGGAGCAAGAAGAACACUUGUUUGUGUGCACUUAGACUGAUUGCAUUCUUAAAAGUAGGCUUUUACAUAGCUUGUGCAGAGAAGGAAGAUUAGCUUAUUGGCAAAUGGAAGCCGUGUGGGGGAAAGGUGUGUUCAUUUGUGUAAUCAGCUAUUAAUACCACAAGAAUUAGAAAUAGCCUUGGACCAAGGGGCCUUUGUAAGAUUCUGCCAGGUGGGAAAAUGUUAUAGCAGAAUUGUUGGAAAGCACUUGGUACAAGUCUGAGUUUCUACCCUAUUGUCAACCAUCAAUAAAAUGGUAUGACUCUGAGAACAUUUGCUCUUCCCGUUUUGAUAAUAAAAUCAGUAUUAAUAUGGGUGGAUGGGCUGAGGCAGAGGGGCAAUUGUAACUUUCCAAGUUGAAAUGUCACCCCCCACACCUACCCCCUUCUGCAUCUCAGAUAAAAUAAUGAAGUUACUAGGAUACAAGAGCAAGUGCUGGAUUUCAACAAGAAACAUUAGAUUUUUUGUGCAAUAUAUGUUUAUAUAUAUUCUGCUCUCUCGCUCGUGUGUGUGUGCGUGCGCGCAUGUUUAAGUGUUUUUUAAUAUUUUGACGAUUAUAAACAUCUGCUUUUCCAGUAGGUCUGUGAGAAUCAUUUUCUGUGGUGCUUUUUGUUUUACUUUGUUUUCUUUUUCUUUUUCUCUCUUUCUUUUUUUCUUUUUCAGGGUUGUGUAGAGUUGCAUGUCACUUUUAAUUGCAGUUGUCUAGUGAAGAAAAGUACUGUGCAAUGUCUGUAGACAAAUGGUAUAUCUAUUGACUGAAAGGACUUGGGAUGCCACAUUAUUGUACUAUAUUGAAAGCUUUGCCUAUGACUUAAUAGACAACCAAGUAAUAAUAUCUGUAUUCCGCACAGGGUUUUAUAAGUUCCCAGCAGGAUGGAAUUUCUGUUUAAUUCAUCUGGAAUUUCUGAUGCUCAUUUUCUCUUUGUUCUUUGAGCAAACGAAUAUUCUGCUCUGUAUGGCUGAGGCUAGAUGGCAACGUACGUCCCAUAAUCCAACAUGUGGCAUCCCUAAUUGUUAUAAAUGAUCGCUCAGAUCAAUAGAUGUAGUCAGUAUCUUUUGAAUUCUUUGUAAAAUAUGUUAAUUUUAUAUUCAUGUAUUUGGUGUACAUUUUCUUCUCACAGCCAAGUAUCUGUCAAGAGCUAUUUUAAAUUAACAUACUUGAAUGAGUUAACUGAAGCACUGUGUAAUUAAUCUAGCUCUAGAUGCAACCUGCAAACAAGCAUUGUAGUGAAUUUGCUGUUCUGUACACAUGUGUUACUUGUGAAAUUGUUUCACUAAUGUGGUGGAAAUCUCAUCAUUUUGAACUUUGGCUUUGGAGAACAGAAACGUUUCUCCAGUGGAUGGAAUAAACCAAUAUCUGGCCUUAUCUCCAAACUUUUUGAUAGUUGCCUUUUCCUCAGUUUUGGAGAAAUUCUUUAUAAAAGUAUGAUAUAGACAUUGAAGGGUAGUUCAUGAAAUCCAGGGUAGCUUGUGUUGUAAUCUAUUUCUUCUAACAAAAGCAAAGCUAUUUAAAUGAAGCAAAACCGUGUUGUUAAGUUAAACUGCUAGGAAUUUCCCUCCCAGUCAAAACCACCACCAAAUCUAGGGCUUGGACAUGUCCUGCUGCAAUCUUAGCUUAAACAAUACUUGGUCAUCUCCUAGAACAACCUUGUUUGCGGAGGUCUAGGAGCUGCAGUAGAGCCAGACCCUGACCUAAAUUGAGUUGGAGUAGUCAGGCCAGCACUGUUAGAUAACAAAAAAGAGAUGAGGGUAGGAAGAGAAGGGUGCAAAAGAGAGCGGGGCUCCUUUUACUUUUAAAAGAGCUGUGAAGGCAGAGGGAAUGUAGCAGGUCCGACAUCUCCAUUUUCACCUCUGUCCUGGCAACCUGUACCUGCUAAAGUGCUUUCUCCUGUACUGCUACUGAGGAACUGGAACUUGCUCAUCCUGUUCUCAAAAGCAAGGAGAAAGCGAGGGAGAAAAGCAGAGGUCCUGGGCUGAAUCCUCAGCACCUCCUGACAGGGCCAUGAGGAAGCCCUGACUUUCCAAGCCGUAGUUGCCAUGCAGGAUUGACAGUGGUGGAAGGGGUGAAUCAAUGGCCAGAAGACUUGGCGUAAGGCACCUUCUCAUGUUCUUAAGGGACAACAGUAAAAACAAACAAACUACUUUGCAGGUUGGUCUUAAGGAUGUGCCCCGAGCAGAAGGAACUGAGGACUGCUACCCCAGGAUUUUAAGACCGGAACUUGAUCUCCUAUCCAUAGCUCCUCUGUAUGCACUUUAAAUCUAUUUUCAGUGCCCCACUGUGUAAUGUAAAAAUAAAAACUAGCCAAACUCAGAAA